AUGGAGAAGGUGGUUGCUUGUCCAUACAAAAGGCCAAACGCUCUCUAUAGGCUGAUUUGCUUUCCAUGGGCUGGAGGUGGAACUUCUCAUCUUGCUCAGUGGGGCAAACUCUUCAGCAGUUCAAUUGAAGUGUCCUCUGUAAGGCUUCCUGGAAGAGAAUCUCGUCUUAAGGAGCCUUUUGCGAAAGACAUGACAACCGUAGUUAAUGAAAUUACAAGUGUUUUGUUAGAAGAAUUGCAAGAAAAACCAUUUGCAUUUUUUGGUCACAGUUUUGGAUCUUAUGUUUGUUUUGCAGUUGCGCUACACUUGAAAGAAAAGUAUGGACUAGAGCCGAUCCAUCUUUUUGUAUCAGGGGCACAUGCCCCAACGACUGAAGCACUUCUUCCCAUCAAAAGCACACCCGCAUGUGAUACAGAAGAUGAAGAGAUUCUUACAAAUAUACAAAUUUUAGGAGGAACUCCUGCUGAGCUUCUGCAAAAUGAAGACUUUAAGAAACAUCUGAUACAUACUAUCAGAGAAGACCUUAGAGUUCUUCAGACGUUUUCUUUUGAGAAGGCAGAAAGGAAUAUCCCCCUCUCUUGUGAUAUUACCUGCUUUAAUGGGUCUGAAGAUAAACCACAUGAUUUAGAAGCCUGGCACGAUCUAACAAGUGGAGAUAUUUCCUUUUACAAGCUUCCUGGAGGUCACUUUUAUCUGCUGGAACCCUCUAAUGAAAUUUUCUUGGCAAAACACAUAACAAGAUGUAUAGAAAAUGCUGGUCUAUGA